AUGGUCAAGCCGGACGUACGUAGGGAUUAUUACGCGGACCUGGGCCUGACGCCCAGCGCGGACCUGGAAGACAUCAAGAAGCAGUACAGGAAAUUAGCCCUCAAGUACCAUCCCGAUCGAAACCCAGGUCGAGAGCUCGAGUUCAACGCCAAAUUCCAGGCUAUCCAAGCGGCUCACGAAAUUCUUAGUGACGCCAAACAGCGCCGAACCUACGAUUUAGAUCGACUACGUGCUGGAUACGGCAAGAGUUAUGGUCCGCCCAAGCCAACGCCACAGAAAAAGCCUGCUAACCCUGACGCCUCGGCACACCCCCCGAAGCCUCAGGCCUCCAGACAGCCGUUUUCAGGUCGCCCGCAAUCAUCCUCUAAUGGGCACUCGACCGGUACCCAGGGUUAUGCGCACUACGCGAGGCCGAGUCCCAGGCCACCGUGGGGGAAGACGAACGAUGCAGGACGGACCGGGGCUGAUUCAUAUCGACAGUUUCAGGGGACAUGGGGGAACUCUACGGCUGGAUCUCGCUUUGGCCAACGUACUGGGAGGGCAGGGUAUACAGGGGCUGUGCCUCGACCGAAUGCAACUCCUACCGGGCAACCCACUAGACCGAAAUCCGCGUACGACUAUUUCAAGACAACCACCGACCAGUCAUCCCGCACCCAGUCUACACGGAAGAAGCAUGGUUUCGCUCCCCGGUCAGCUAGUGGGGACGAGCCCAUGGCUGCAAACACAUCCUCCUAUACCACUGUACCUCGAAGGGAGCGCUUUCAGGAGUCCGACGACUUUCAAAGAGAAGCCGCGCCCACUGCAACGACUGAGAAACCCGCGGCACCGUCCGACUACGGAGCCGAAAACACUAGCACAUCGAGUCCUAAACAAACAGGUAGUACGAAUGCCAGUACAGACGGCGAUAGGACGUUCUUCUCGGAAUCGGGGCUUCAUUCCGACGGUGUGCGCGAUUCAACCAAGAGAUCCAGCGCCCAAUCGCGGACACCCUUGGGCAGCGAACGACGCAAAAGCGCCAGCCCUAACUCGCGCAGUGACGGAGGGCAAAAGUGCAAUAAUUCGGACGAUACCGACGCUGAUCCCUUGGGUCGUCAAACAGGAGCCGUUCCAAAGAGCGGACCGCAAAACCGUGGAUCUGCCAAUCUUCAUUCUCAGACAGGUUCCCCUCCACGCAACGAUUCCCCCAAGCAGCCAGCGUCAGAUUCAAAUGGGGCACAAAAUAUUGGCCAAGCUCCAUUAAAUGAAACGUUCAAGCGUAGGAGUCGCGACGAUGCACGCAAACCAUUCACUGCUGAAGACUGGAGAGGCGAUUUUGGGUUUGGACCUGCGACACAGAAUGGCCGACCUGAGUUUCACCAUCGACCGAACAGCCAUGGGCGAGCCUCGACAAGAGCGAGUCCUUCAGGAGCGGGCCAGACAGGUCUAUUCAGUCGGGGUUCAUCUAGGUCGCCAUCCGUUUCACCGCAAACGCACAGAGAGUUUCCUAAGGCAAAGUUCUCCUUGCAGGAGUGGGCUGACGCCUUCAAGAACUGGCAGUGGUUCGUGCUGCAGCACGAGCGAGCCCCACAACAAGAUAGUACUCGGCGCCAACAAAACUUUAGGAAGCAGGCCAAAUCACAAUAUAAGGUGCUGCGACCUACACCGCAACCUGCCAGCGUUGCAACAGAAGCUGACGAGGCCCAAAAGACUGUUGGAGGUAACAUAGCCCAAGAGGCAACCGGUGCAGAUCCUGUGGAGGUGGAAGCCAUGGAUAUCGAUUAG